CGCUAAUCAAUCGACUUCAUUCUACAUCAUGUCUGGACGUGGUAAAGGAGGCAAGGCACGCGCCAAGGCAAAGAGCCGUUCUUCCCGAGCGGGGUUGCAGUUCCCGGUUGGCCGUGUCCAUCGCUUCUUGCGCAAGGGAAACUAUGCCGAGCGCGUGGGUGCUGGUGCCCCUGUGUACUUGGCGGCGGUGCUCGAGUACCUGACCGCUGAGAUCCUAGAGCUGGCCGGUAACGCUGCCCGCGACAACAAGAAGACCAGGAUCAUCCCUCGUCACCUUCAACUGGCCGUCCGCAACGACGAGGAGUUGAACAAGCUAUUGUCCGGCGUCACCAUUGCACAGGGCGGCGUUCUCCCCAACAUCCACGCCGUGCUUCUACCCAAGAAGACCAGCAAGGCUCAGUAAGAUCCAGACGGAGAGAUUUAAACCCCGGCCCUUUUCAGGGCCACCCACAUCCUCUCGAAAGAACUGUAUCAUGAUCACCAAACUUUAGCUUUACAUACAACUAUUCUAUACGAAAACAGAAAAUAAAUGCGUGUAUGACCCCCCCCCCUCCCCACGCACACAUCAAAACAAAAACACGCACAUCUACUUGGACAAAUCUGUAUCUAUUUUAAAUUCCUGACAGACAACUUUGAGCAUGACAUUUGUGAGCAAUACUGGUUGCCAUAUCACGUCAGAAAUGACCGCAGUACAGCUUCCUUACCAGUGUGCCGCUUCCUGCUAACAUACCUCUACAUUAUAUGUACGCGUAGUCGGAGAGAACACGUGGAGAGUGUACCGUUGUAUUUUCGCCUGACUAAAACGUGAAAAACAAGUGUAUUUAUUUGUUCUUUGUUUUCUUUAAUGGCUUGGUUGUUGUGGUGCUGGGAGU